UACUGUUUUUGUUUCUGUGGGAAGUGUAAAAGUGUUGCGCCUUCUUAUCGCAGUUGUGUUGAAGCAAGUUAGCAUACUUCGUGAGGAGUACAUUCUAUAAUGCUAGUUUGUUUUAAGACAUGAAUAUUUGGAAAUGCGACAUAGCACUUACUUUGUCGAUUGUUUCAUGAGUUAAUAUUCGAGCUUCUAAGUUUUUCACCCGUGAGUGUUAGCAAUGGCGCUUAAACAUUUUGGGACGUUGACAUCAAUUUUAGGAGCUACCUAUCAAAGUAAAACAUUUGGACAGUCGAUAAAGGCGAGUUUGUGGCCAGUAAAAUCCUACAGCACUGCAGCGGGAGGUGAAGACACAGGACCAGAUGUGGGACAGAUUGUGGUCACAGAGCGCAGGGGGUCCGUGGUUACCGUGGCGAUAAACCGCCCUGAGGUGCGUAAUGCGGUGAACCAGGAGACGGCGAGGCAUCUGCUCAAAGAGCUGGAGGCCUUCGACAGUGACAAAGACUUGAACGUGGCUGUCCUGCAUGGGAAAGGAGGGAAUUUCUGCGCUGGUUAUGAUCUGAAAGAGCUGGCCAAUCACACAGCCUCCCUCAAAUUGGAGCAAGAUGUCACCAAGGGUCCCGGGCCGAUGGGUCCCUCCCGUUUGGAACUGUCGAAGCCGCUGAUAGCAGCAGUCAGUGGCUUCGCUGUGGCUGGAGGGCUGGAACUGGCUCUGCUGGCAGAUCUGAGAGUGGUGGAGGAGAGCGCCGUCAUGGGGGUGUUCUGUCGCAGGUUUGGAGUUCCCCUGAUUGAUGGAGGCACAGUGCGGCUCCCUCGUCUCAUUGGUCUGUCACGAGCCCUCGACCUGAUUCUGACUGGACGGCCAAUCGGAGCGCAGGAGGCUCUUGCCUAUGGACUGGCUAACAGAGUUGUUCCUGAUGGCCAAGCUUUACAGGAAGCCCUGCAGUUAGCAGAGCAGAUCAGCUCCUUCCCUCAGCAGUGUCUGCGGGCCGACCGCUCCUCAGCCAUGUACAGCUGCUACGACGCUCCCUCCUUCACACAGGCCAUGCAGUAUGAGAUCAACCAUGGAAUUCCUGUCAUCCAGUCAGAAGCUGUCACCGGGGCAACCAGGUUCACUACUGGAGCAGGAAGAGGAGGAGAAUUCUCCUAGCGUGUAGUUUGCAGAGGCCUUGUGAAUUGUGAUUUUUCAGAUAAGAUAGGCUCUGGCAGCAGCAGCAGUAGCAGAGACGCAGAGAGAUAUGGACACCUUUUGGGCCUUAUCACCAGGACCAUCACAGUCUGAGGGGACCAUGAAGACAUAACACAGGUUAUGGUGAAAGGAAUGAUGAGAGGAAGAAGAGGGAGAGAAGGACAUACAAGGAUUUUAAAGAAUUUCUCUUCUGUUCACAUAGAGGUUUCUGGGACAUAUUCACCUGUGCUCUGCUAGUAUAGACAUUAUUUCAUAAUAAUAUGUAUUAUUAUAGACCUGUAGUAUAUUUUGACAGCAGGCAUUUUACUAAUUGGUGUGAUUUGUUCAUAUUUAACAAAGGGGGUGACUUCAAGGUGCAGCCCUAUCAUGCAGCUGGUUUAAAUUUUAAAUGUUAAGUUAUACAGUUAGAAUACUUAAGACCGUUUCUUUCCAUGUUUAAAGGAGAUCAGAUCACUUCUCCUUUGUAACUGCUAUGAGUCAUUGCUUGGUGUUUCCCACUUCAUCGUCAGGGCUCGUGCCUCAACUGGGCAACAUUUAUUCUGCUUAAACGAGUCGACGCACACCUUAAUUAUGUGUAAAUAUGUAUUCCAUGCUUCCUUAUAGCAGAUUUGACGAUUCCAUUAAAGUGCCGACCUGUUCAGA